AUUUAGCAUUUUCAUUUUCAAUUUUAUGUGAUAACUAGUGUAAAUAAAUAAAAUUAAAAUUCAUAAAACAAUGCUUAAUAACUCAGCGUAUAAAAAUAGUUCCACUCCAAAAAGACGUCGACUUGGAACAGGUCGUGUUUUACGACAUUCGGAUACUUUGUCAAUCAAAAGUUUUAGUCCCGUUCAAUUCAGAGUUAACCAUACAUUAGCCUCACCAGUUAGAAAGUGUGAAUCACCACCGAUACCCAGCAAUCAAAAUGAAUAUCUUGAGUCAAGUAACGGCAGCUCCAACUCAAGUUACAGAAUUCCGCAGUCACCAGGCUUCUUGGAGUGUUCGUCCGACUUGAAUGGCGGUAUUUGUGAAUCAGACGAUGAAAACAAUAAAGAAAUAUUAGAUCAUAGAUUGUUUAUUAGUGAGGUCAAAGAGUUAAGUAAAUCAAGACUGAUAAAGAAUGAAAUUGAAGACAUUUCUGAUGAUAUGUUCAAUUCUAAAUUAGAAGUGCAAGAUUCAUUUACACAUAAUCAUGAGAAAAAAGCUACCUUAACAUCAACCAGCGAUAAAUGUUUUGGGAAAGAGAUUGAAGAAAGUUUUGAGAUGGUCAAUGAGUCCAUAUUAUGUGGUUCUAGUCAUAAAAAUGAUAUCAGUAAUAAUUUGUUUGAAACCAAAGAUUCCUUUCUACUCGACAUUAAAGAGACAGGGUUAGAGAUAGGAGAAAAUGGAACCAGUAAUGAAGUGUUGAAGAUGUUUGAUAACAUAAAUACAUUCUAUGGACUUCCUCUGAUGGCUAAAGACCUUUACAAAAGUCUUUGCAAUAUAACUAAGUUUUAUGAUUGGCAAGAAGAGUGUCUGAACCUAGAAGCAGUGAGACAUAGAAAAAACUUGAUCUAUGCUCUUCCAACCAGCGGAGGGAAGACACUGGUGGCCGAGGUUCUGAUGCUCAGGGAGGUGCUGAAUAGGAAACAUAAUGUGCUGUUUAUACUGCCAUUUGUGGCUAUUGUGCAAGAGAAGAUAAGCUCACUCUCCCCCUUUGCGGUUCAACUGGACUUCCUGAUCGAGGAGUAUGCGGCCGGCAAGGGACUCAUCCCACCAAAGAAGAGAAGGAAAAAGAACAGCAUAUACAUUGCCACCAUUGAGAAGGCUCUAGCUUUAGUCAGGAGUUUGAUAGAGCUCAAUAGACUUGAGGAGAUUGGACUUAUUGUUGUAGAUGAAUUGCAUCUCAUUGGAGAAGCGGGGCGCGGCAGCACACUGGAAACAUUAUUGUCUACAGUUAUUUUCGCCAACAAAGCGAUCCCGAUCGUCGGCAUGUCGGCGACCAUAGGCAACCUGCCGGAAGUGGCGUCGUUCCUCGGCGCGUCUGUGUACCAGCGCGACUUCCGGCCCGUGCGGCUCACAGAGUACGUGAAGUUAGGCAACAUGCUGUACCGGCUCAGCUACGACGGAGGCUUCGAGGUCGUGCCGCAUAGGGAGAUCAGCUUUGAUUACUCCCCAGCAGCUACAACGCUGGAUCCGGACUCGCUGGGCGGGCUGGUGGCGGAGGUGACGCCCGCCGGCUGCGUGCUCGUGUUCUGUCCCACCAAGCGGAACUGCGAGAACGUGGCCGCGCUCCUGUGCAAGAUGCAGAGGAAAGAGAUGACAAACCACCGCACUACAGAGCGCCUCCACUUGUCCAAGUACCUUCAGGGUGAAGGUUCCCACGCACUGGCGAGUUGCGUGCUGAGAGGGGUCGCCUUCCACCACGCCGGCCUGGGCUCCGAGGAGCGCGGGUUCAUUGAGCAGGCUUUUAAGUCAGGGGUUUUGUCUGUGCUGUGUUGCACAUCAACCCUGGCUGCCGGUGUGAACCUGCCGGCCUCCCGCGUCAUAAUACGCGCGCCGCUGAUUGGUCGGGCCCCGAUGACGCUGUCCGCGUACCGACAGAUGGUUGGUCGAGCUGGCCGCGCCGGACAUUGUGAUACGGGUGAAAGCAUCCUGAUCUGCAGCGAGCGCGACUGGCAGUCGUUCCGCCCGGUGCUCUCGGGGGCCAUGUCUCCCACUCGCAGCGCGUUGGGUAGCAACCGCGGCGCUUUGAGCUCGCUUUUAUUGAGUGCUGUAGCUCUGAGGUUGGCCGAUACGAGGCCGAGGCUACGAGAGCUGCUAGGAUCUACGCUCAUGAGUGUACAGGCUGAAAGCCUCAACAUUAAUAUUAACCAAAUAUGCGACGAGACAAUCCUAUCGCUUCUACAAGACGGUGCUAUAGAAGUGGCCAAGAAGACAACGCAGCCAAACGACCCGACAGACACGUCGCACCUGAUGUGUGAGGACGUCUACAUAGACAACGACACGGUGUUUGUUGUUAGCGAACUCGGAAACGCUUCUAUAAAAGGCUGUCUAGACCUAUCGUCGACUCGCUUCCUCCUCCGCGACCUAGAGGCGGCGUCGCGCUCGCUGGUGCUCAUGGGCAGCCUGCACCUGCUGUACCUGGUCACGCCGCAGGACGCCGCCGGAGUGCGCCCCGACUAUAGACACUACUACUCACUGUAUUGCAACUUCAACGACGAGUGCCUACAAACCGCCAAAGUUUUAGGUAUAACAGAGAAGAAUGCUAUAAAAAUGAUAACUGGAAAACCAAUCACCAAUGUUCCUGAAUUAGUGCUGUCAAGAUUCUAUCUGGCACUGGUGCUGUAUGACUUGUGGCAUCAAGCUGAGAUCAGCAAUGUUUGUGAGAAAUACGCGUUAUCCCGCGGCGCAGUCCAACAACUGAUGUCAUCAUCGGCCUCGCUGGCCUCAUCAGCCGCGAGGGUGUGCGCGUCGCUGCCGGCGCGCUGGGCGCUGUGCGCGCUGCUCACGGAGCUGGCGGAGCGGCUGCAGCACUGCGCCGCGCCACAGAUACGACAGCUGUGCGAGCUGCCCAAUGUCAAGAAGGCCCGAGCCCUGCAACUGUACCGAGCCGGCUUCAAGCGCGUGGAGGACAUCGCGCGAGCCAGCGUGGCCGACCUGACUGCACUCGACCAUAUCAGCCGCACCGCCGCCACCAACCUCAUCAGCACUGCCCGGAUGCUGUUAAUAGAAAAAGUUGAAAAUCUCCGGGCUGAGGCUGAAGACGUCAUGGAGGAGUUAAAUACGUGAUUUUUUGUAAAUUUAUCUUUGUAUAUUUAUAUCUAUUCAUCUGGUUUGAAAUCGGCCGUGAAAAUUAAGUAAUAGCCUGUUCCAAAAAUAAAGUAAUUACUUAAGUGUUAUUAAUCUUGUCUGUGACAAAGAAUAUAUGAGAACGUCGAGUCAAUAACAUAGAUUGCAUAUUUUGACGACUGUUAAAGUGAAAAGACUGAUAAUAUAUUAACUGAGGCUUUAGAAUAUGAAUAAAAUACUUAUAUUUUUAAUUUAUCCUAAGGGAAAAACAAGUUACUUAUCUAUGUGACCAUUAAUAGUCCAAGGAUGUUUGCAAUAAAUGAUUUAAUUAUG